AUGGCACAACUCAAACCCUUAGAAGGAGGCUAUUACCUCUGGACAUACCUGCCUUCUAUUCCAGCGGCCGCGAUCUUCGCCGUUCUGUUUGGACUGGUAACCUGUUAUCUGUUCUUCAAGCUCUUCCAAACUCGAGCAUGGUACAACAUCUCCUUCAGCAUCGGCGGUAUAUUCGAGAUCGUCGGCUACAUCGUGCGGAUCCUGAACUACUCCAACACGGCCUCGAUCGGCCUCUACGCGAUCCAAAGCGUGCUCAUCCUGCUGGGCCCCGUCCUGUUCGCCGCAACCGUCUACAUGACCCUAGGCCGCAUCAUUCGCAGUCUGCCCCGGCGACUCACGGCCGCCACCGAGCCCAAGGCCAGAAAUGUCUCGCUCAUCCCGCCCAAGUACCUCACCAAGCUGUUCGUCGCCAGUGACAUCCUCUCGUUCAUCGUGCAGGGGAGCGGCGUGGGCCUGAUGGUACGGUCGACAGGCCAGACGACGGCCAAGGCGAUCACCGUGGUCGGCUUGCUGAUCCAGGUGAUCAUGUUCUCGUUCUUCAUCGUCGUGGCGCUGGUGUUCCACCGGCGUGUUAAGGCGCAGCAGCAGCAUAACCAGCAACAGAUCCGGCUGGGCCAGUACGGCCGCCCGUUGGAUCGCUUGAUGUAUAUGCUGUAUGCGGUCAGUGCGCUGAUUUUGGUCCGGUCGAUCUUUCGUGUCAUCGAGUACGCCAUGGGAAUGCAUGGGUAUAUUCUGACGCAUGAGUGGACGCUGUAUGUCUUUGACAGUGUCUUGAUGUGGUCCGUGAUGGUCAUUUGGGCCGUGGGGUUCCCCGGGAAACUUGUGGAGGAGAAGUCGGGGUAUGAAGUGGAGAUGGAUGAAGAAAGGAUAGUAUAG